AUGGAAGAGGCCCGUGCAAAUGAAGAUGAUGAGAAUCAGUACGCCGCCCUGCUUCACUCCGUUUGUCACUGUGAAUGGUUAGGAGACUGUCCCGUUUCCAGUGACACACACUAUAAUUCCGUCGUGGAGCUGACACAACAUCUCAUUGCAAUUCACCGUGUUGAAACCUUUUGUCAGAUUCAGGAAGAUAGUGUAGAGGGCCUAACUGAAACAGUUCAAACUGUGGACGUGGUUGUGAUCGCAAAUGGGGAGGACUGCCCAAUGACGCGGAGGAUUGGAAGGGCAUUGGAGAAGGCGGACAAUCUUUUGAAAAACGAAGGCAAUCCGAGAGUUCGUUUCGUCGGCUUGAUGCCCUGGAGCCAAGUCUCACAGAGAGAGACCCUUACAAUUCAGGGUGGAAUUGUCAACUACGACUCGACUUUUUACGAAGAUCAUACUCUGCAGAUAUCACCAUUUUUGACCCACGUUCUCCUCCUGGAUGAUGGCUAUUGCAAGAAAUCGGACAUUCUGGCUUGCAAUGAAUUCCGUUGGCGACUGGAAAGCAAAAUUUGCAUGGACGGAGGCGCGCUCGUGAUUGCUCUCCUCUGGGGCGGCACUGCUGCCAACAUCACGGAAGCCGAGACCCGAAUUAACCGCCAUAUCCCCCUUGUUCUUCCACACCCCAGCAAUGGAGCUGUGGAUGUCAUAGCAAAGGCCAUGGAGUUUCACAAAGCAUACAAAGACGAUUUUGAAGAAUUCAGUUCCGAAGAGGUGGCAUUUUUGCAGGAUAUGCUGAAUAACCUAAAACUGGACAUUGCAGUGGAUGAUGCAAUGGCCGAUCUUCGACGUCUAUUCAUUGAUUGGCGCCUUCUCAUUUUUCAUGAUAUUGAUUCUGAUACCAAACUACACAAGACCCUAUUUGACGCUUUCUCAAAACAUCGUUUUACCGCGGGUGACUAUGUUGAAUUCUCUCUCAAAUGGAAUCGUGUGGACAAACUUAUGCUCCUGGACCCCCAUUAUCUCUCAACAAUUCCACACGCUCGGCGUAAUAACUUAUUCGCCUCGGCCCUCCUUGCCAAUCGCUCUCGUUUCAUUCCAAUUUUUGUAAAAAUGGGCAUUGACCUACACAUCAUAGUCACACCUAACCUUCUGCACACCCUGUACAACGAGUCACUCCGGGUCAACAGCCUUCUCCAGCUGCUUCACGCCACAGGCGCGCUACCGCACCAGCCCCAUAGUAAGCACUCGGUGUUUGAGGACAAACUACACUUGGUGCCGCUGAAGCCUCGCGUUGGAAACGCCGCAAGGUGCUGCCCAGUAGUUGUCAAUCUGCACCACAUACACAUCCUUCUGCGUGCUGCACUGGGAACUUUUGACUGUCCAGAAUAUUUCUCAGACUACAAGGUAGAGCGGUAUUAA